CAUAACGUUGUCCUCUAUUAUACGGGGAAUAGGACCGACUGUGGGUCAUCUACAUGUGCACUUAGCUCUGCCCAUAUGCACAAGACUUCGAAGCAGUGCGGUUGUUCCAGGGUCAUACGGGAUGAUUGUAGGGUGGUCAACCUGUUCCAGACAGAAUGCGAUGCAUGCAAG